AUGGCAGAUCGCGGCAGAGGACGGGGCGGUGAUCGCGGCGGCGGACGAGGUGCCCCCCGCGGUGGCGGCGGACGCGGGGGAGGGGGAGCUACAUUUUCUGGCAUCGGGCAAGGGGGCGAAUAUCGUGGUGGUCGUGGUGGUGGUGACUAUCGCGGAGGCCGAGGCGGUGGUGACUUCCGCGGCGGUCGAGGCGACUUCCGUGGCGGUCGAGGCGACUUUCGUGGCGGACGGGGAGGCCGAGGUGGGUUUGGCGGAGGCCAGUUCAGGGACGAAGAUGAAGUCUUCAAACCAAAUGCUGCUCCUCAGCCGGACCAAAAGAUCACCCAGCUCGAAGACAAGGUCCUCACAGAUCUAGGCAUAGCCAGCAAGAUGUCGUCCCUCCAGUUGUCGGCAAAGAAGGUGGGGGCAAAGCAACCCGUUGGAGAUUACUUGCCUUGUCGACCAGCUUAUGGUACGAGGGGUACGGAAGUAAUCUUAUGGGCAAACUAUUUCACGUUAGACGUCAAGGCGCCCACUCUCUACAAGUAUGCCAUUGAAGUAAAUUGGAAGGGGGUGCCCAAGACGGAAGACGGGGACGCCAAGGAAGAGGGCAAGGGGUCUAAGGGAAAGAAACAGCCGAAGGGAAAGCAAUUCGAGGCCAAGGGGAUGAAGCUUCAUUCCAUCGUCAAAAUGGCCUUGGAGCGAAUAACCCCAAAGACCCCCUGCGCCACUGAAUUCAAGAGCCAAGUCAUCUCUGUACGCCCGCUUCCGCUUCCAGAGGACCAGACCAUCAGGGUUCAGUAUACAAAAGAAGGGAAAGAUGACACCUACGAGGUCAAAUUCAACGGCCCGAACGACGUGCGGCUCGACGCGCUAAUGAGCUACAUCAGGACGAUGAACGAUCCAUCUGGGGAUACCGCGUUCCCCAAGUUUACGGAUGCUAUCGAUGCCAUCAGUGUCAUCACUGGCCAUUGGGCCAGGCAAAAUAACCAAGUCAGCGCCCUGGGGAAAAGUCGAUAUUUCCCGUUGAACCUGGAUCCCGAAAUAUCGUCACUGGGUUAUCCGGAGUUUAACUCGGUGAUCCGUGGCUAUUUUCAAAGCGCACGGCCGGCGACUGGUCGCAUUCUUUUGAAUGCCAAUGUCUCGCACGGCGUGUUUCGGCCCUGGGGAAGGGCAGCCGACGUGAUUAAAAAAUACGGUCUCAACCAAAAUGCCAGGGCGCUAACCAAGUACUUAACGGGGCUUCGUUGCCGUUGUAAGGUCUUGGCUGAGAAGACUAAGGCCGGCGGCGGCAAACAAGCCAAAGAGCGAAUUAUCGAGGCUAUUGUCAAGGGUGUUGCCCUACCCGAAGACGGGUCCAAUCCGAACAGGCCGAAAGUGAAGCAGGCUGGUGCCGGACCGUCAGACGUGUCAUUCUUCCUCAGGGCCCCAGCACCCGCUGGCUUGACGGCGGAUAGCUACUGCACUGUUGCGGAAUAUUAUCAGAAGAAAUAUGGCUUCCGCCCGGAUCCCAACCUGCCGCUGAUAAAAACUGGCUCGAUCACAAGGCCCUCAUACUACCCGGCAGAGUUGGUAGAAAUACUCCCGGGGCAGGCUCUCAAGCGCAAAACGACACCGGAUGAGACCGCUCAGAUGAUUCUAGCCGCAUGUCGCUCGCCUUUUGCCAACGCCAAGUCCCUUGCCACUGUCGGCCGCCAAACCCUCGGCCUCGACGGCGGGAACGAAAAGUUUGUCGAAUUCGGUGUUAGCGUCGGCAAAGAGCUCCUGACGGUAAGAGGCCGGGAGCUACCCCCGCCUAGUAUCGCCUACUUGGACAGUAGGAAUGCGAAGCGUAAUAUUACCGCAAUCGAUGGCGGAUGGAAUAUGAGGGAUGUCAGAGUUGUCAAGCCCGGUCGGCUUCUUACCAAGUGGACUUGGAUUCACGUGGACUUCGAGGGAGCGCCCCCACCAAACCACGCGAGCGUCGUCGACUCUGUGGGAAAAUGGAUUACUUUUAUGCGCAAUAAUAUGGGCAUUGCCAUCUCUCCGACCCCGCUCAACGGCCUUGAGGCGAGGCUAGCUGUGAAAAGGAACGCGCCGAUCAACGAAAUUCGGCAGAGGUUCAAGGAAUUCGAACGGAUAAACAGGCCCGAGUUUGUAUUUGUCGUCCUUCCUGGAAAGAAGACCGACACGGAAAUCUACAACGCCGUCAAGUACUUGGGCGAUAUAGAAUUCGGCUAUCACACGCCCCAAUACUUCGCAAAUGUUGCCCUCAAGGUCAACUUGAAGAUGGGCGGCACCAACCACAAACUGGGGAACGACCUAAACAUCAUCAAAGAGGGGAAGACCAUGGUAGUUGGAAAUGUCGAAGGUCUCCCGAGUUUGGUCGGUAUGGUGUCGACCGCAUCUUGGGCCCAAGCGGGAAAGGUUGAGAUGUUGGACGAGACGCUCAAGUCGGCCUUUUCCAGUCGCCUGGACUUGUGGAGAAAAUACAACCAAGCAUUGCCGCAGAACAUCAUCAUCUUCCGGGAUGGUGUCUCGGAGGGGCAAUUUCAGCAGGUGAUCGAUAUCGAACUUCCUCGGAUACGGGCAGCAUGCGAUGAAAAAUACCCCCCGAAGCAGAAGCCGAAGAUUUCGGUGCUUGUCUCCGUGAAGCGUCAUCAGACGCGCUUCUAUCCCACCGACCCCAGCCAUAUGACGAAAUCGCGCAAUAUCAAGAGUGGUACUGUUGUGGAUCGUGGGGUCACCCAGGCCAACGUCUGGGACUUUUUCCUGACUGCGCACCAGGCGCUGCAAGGUACCGCCCGUCCCGCGCACUACACUGUGCUGCUGGACGAGGUUUUACGCCCGAUGCUCGGCGUGCAGGCAGCUAAUAGUCUCGAGACCCUGACGCACGAAAUGUGCUAUCUGUUCGGCCGGGCGACCAAGGCAGUCAGCAUCUGUCCUCCCGCAUAUUAUUCCGAUAUCGUCUGCACCCGCCAACGGGUCUACAUGGCCGACCUUUUCGACCGCUCCGACACGGCGUCGGUCACCAGUUCGAAUGUGCCCCAGAUGCCGCCGAUCCAGAUCCACGACAACUUGAAGGAUACGAUGUACUAUAUCUAG